AUGCCUUCUCAGUCCACUCUCAAUGCUGAUGAGAAAGCAAAAGUCAAGAGCACAGUACCACAGUCUUCCCACAAGAUUCUUUGCGCCGCCUUAGCCCGAAUCUACUAUGCCUAUCCGCAGCCCAGUAAAUGGUCGUAUGCUGGCCUGCAGGGUGCUUUGGUGUACUGUAUCGAUACUACCGAUGAUACGCCACACUUCAAGAUGGUCGAUCUCGAUGGAACACGCGGAGUGAUUUGGGACCAUGAGUUGUACAGUGGGUUCGAGCUCAACCAAGACAGAGCUUUCUUCCUUUCAUUCGCAGGCGAUAAAUGCAUGAUCGGUUUCGUAUUCGCGGACGAAUCAGAGGCCAAAUUGUUCCACAAAAAGGUGAAAAACAAGAAAGGUGCCAAAGCUUCCAAACCAAAGUCAGAGAAGUCAAAAAUCUCCAAGGGUGGAAAGAUCGACAAGUCAAUGAUCUCUGGACCCAAGUCCGGUUCUUUUAUUCACGUCGCACACAUGGGUUAUGACGCAGACAAAGGAUUUACCUCGCAAGGCGUAGAUCCAUCGUGGACAGCUCUUCUGGGAAAUUUAGAGGGUCAAGUAGGCUCUGACGUCGUUGCGCGUGAAAUGGAAUACAUCAAGAGCUUUGUGCGCGAUUACUCGGAAAAGCAAGCUGCACAACCAGUGGCUAAAGAACCGAAAAAGCCGAAACCACCGCCUCCUCCAUCAAGAGGGCAUGCAUUAAACGGAAGCGUUGCAUCCCAUACGCCCGCUGGUUCACAUGCCCCACCUCCACCUCCGCCUCCUCGGUCCCAAAAUGGUCCUCCUCCUCCUCCAUCUCGCCCAACACCUCCCAGCCGCCCCCAGCCUCCACGAACACCCGUGAGAGACCCCAAUCCUGAAGAGUCCAGCCCUUCGCAUGCUCCACCACCACCACCUGUUCGCCGGCCUGAAGCUCCCAAAGCGGGCCCGCCUCCUCCUCCUGCGCGGCCACCUCCGCCUCAAACUAGAGGUGGCCCGCCUCCACCUCCGCCAAGGACACAGCAAGAGCCCUCAAGACCCCCGCCUCCUCCUGCCAGACCUGUGGCAGCAGUUUCCACUCAAGAUCACGCUGUUGCUGCACCUCCACCUCCUCCGCCGCCUCCACCUCCUCCAGCUCGUCCAGAACAAGGAUUUGCACCUCCUCCUCCGCCACCUCCUCCGCCCCCACCACCUCCUGCAGAUUAUGGGACUGGACCACCUCCUCCUCCACCGCCUCCACCACCACCAAUGGGAGAUGGUUCAGACGGUUCCGCUCCGUCAUUGAAAGCAAGUCUCCCUACACCGCAACCAGGCCGCGCCGACCUUCUGGCUUCUAUACAAGGCGCAGGUAUUGGAAUGUUACGCAAAACAACCCCCAACUCGGGGCCCGGUCGUACAGCUUCCCCAGCGCAAGAAUCCGGUUCGUCUAGCACGUUGGCUGCCGGUGCUGCUGUUGGUGCUGCUGCGGGAGGUGCUGCUGUUGCUGCAGGUGGAGGAGACCUUACGUCCGCUCUCGCGGCUGCACUGUUGGAACGCAACAAGCGCCUUGGUGAUAGCGACGAUGACGAUGACGACGAUGAAGAUUGGGACUAA